AUGUCAAAAUACGGAGGGAAGAAUAGUGUUUCAGUUGGGAGACUCUAUUACCAUGCGCGUAAGCGAUCGAACGAGACUCCGUUGGAGUACUUGUGCCGUCUGAACGUGGCCGCGAUCCAGGUGAAGAUCCCGAUACGAAAUGGAUCGCCCGCCACUCGCAAGGAACAUGUAGAUCAUUACAUUGGUACCCUGGACGAUCAUGAUCUGGCUAAAAUGCUAACGAGCUACAUCUUGGAGAUGCAGGUGAUCUGGAAGAAACGCUGCAAGAAUGUGAGAACAUGGAAGUUCGAGAAGCCCAUGCCUCUAUGGGGUCGAGCAAAUUUUGACAGCGUGUUGCGCCACAGGCAUCCUAAGUUUCAGCAAAACCAGCGCGAGCUGUGA